AUUUUAUUUUAGUAUUUGACGAAUUAUCUAAAGUUUCAAAUGACAAACAAGCUGCUGUGAAAUUUGGAUGGAUUCAAGGUGUACUUGUAAGAUGUCUGUUGAAUAUUUGGGGUGUUAUGUUGUUUCUUCGCCUAUCCUGGGUGGUAGGGCAAGCAGGAAUUGGUUUGGCUUGUCUUAUAAUCAUUUUAGCUACUGCUGUAACAGUUUUAACUACUCUUUCAAUGUCUGCCAUAUGCACAAAUGGAGAAGUAAAAGGGGGUGGAACAUAUUACAUGAUAUCUCGCAGUCUUGGACCUGAAUUUGGAGGCUCUAUUGGUUUCAUAUUUGCUGUGGCAAAUGCAGUUGCUGUUGCAAUGUAUGUUGUAGGAUUUGCUGAGACAUUAAAAGUUUUGCUUUGGAACAAUGAUAUGCCUUUAUUGGACAAUGGAAUUAAUGAUAUACGUAUAAUUAGCUGUGCAACAGUAGUGGUCAUCCUGGGAAUAGCAAUAGUUGGAACUGAGUGGGAAACAAAGGCUCAAAUCAUCUUGUUAUUGAUACUUUUAGCAGCAAUGGCUGACUUUUUAGCUGGUGCUGUUCUAACACCAAGUGAUGAACAAAUGGCAAAAGGUUUCUUAGGUUGGAAUGUUACAAUAUUUCUUGAAAAUGUGGGUCCCCAUUUUGCUGAAGAAGAAGGUUUCUUCUCUGUGUUUGCUGUAUUUUUCCCUGCUGCUACAGGUAUUCUUGCUGGAGCAAACAUCUCUGGAGAUUUGAAAGAUCCACAAACUGCUAUACCUAAGGGAACCCUUCUAGCCAUUUUGAUUACCACAUUGUCUUACAUUCUAUUUGUGGUAGUGGCAGGAAGCACUGUCCUGCUUCAUGCAAAUGGAAAUAUUGAAUUAGUUAAAAAUGGAACAUUAUUUCUUCUGUCGAACUGCACACUUGGAGAUAAAAGUGAUUGUGAAUUUGGUCUUCUCAAUGAUUAUCAGGUGAUGGAAAUGGUAUCAGCUUUUUCACCAAUUAUAUAUGCUGGAAUAUUUGCAGCUACACUUUCAUCUGCACUUGCAAGUCUUGUAAGUGCUCCUAAAAUAUUCCAGGCAUUGUGUAAGGAUAAACUAUUUCCAGGUAUUUAUUUCUUUGCAAAAGGCUAUGGAAAAAAUAACGAACCUAGAAGAGGUUAUUUGCUGGCAUUUGUUGUGGCUCUUGGAUGUUGUGCUAUAGGCGAUCUUAAUCACAUUGCUCCACUGAUCUCAAAUUUUUUCCUUGCGGCAUAUUGUCUUAUCAACUUGUCAUGCUUUCAUGCCACAUUCGUAAAAGCUCCAGGUUUUCGCCCUGCCUUCAGAUAUUAUAGUAUGUGGUUAGGCUUCUUGGGAGCUGUCCUUUGUCUACUAGUCAUGUUUAUUAUCAACUGGGUGACAUCUCUUAUAACCUUUGCAGUUGUCACUUUUUUGUAUCUUUGUAUAUACCACAGAAAACCAGAUGUUAACUGGGGAUCUUCUACUCAAGCUCAGACAUAUUCAAUGGCUCUUAAUGCCGUCAUGAAACUUAACGAAGUUGCAGAUCAUGUUAAAAAUUAUAGGCCUCAAUUACUUGUAUUGACUGGGCAUCCAAGUCAUCGUCCAGCCCUUGUGGAUUUUAGUUAUACUAUUACAAAGAAAUUGAGUCUGUUAAUUUGUGGAAAUGUAAUUACAAAGGAGCAUUUGAGUCACAAAACUAGAACAGGAAUGUUAGAAAUGGGUCACAAAUACUUGAGGUAUCGAAGUAUCAAAGCUUUUUACAGUGCAGUGGAAGACCAAUCUUUUUCUCGGGGUGUAUCUUCAUUGAUUCAGGUUGCUGGAAUGGGAAAACUGAGACCCAAUAUGAUACUAAUGGGAUAUAAAAACAAUUGGGAAAGUUGUGCUCAUGAUGAAGUCCAAGAAUAUUUUAAUGUCAUUCAUGAUGCUUUAGAUAUGCAUAUGGCUAUUGGAAUACUGAGGCUACCAGAAGGCAUGGAUUACUCAAAAUAUGCUCCGCACUUAGAACAACUUGCAAAACUAUCAAAGAAAGAAAAGAAAAUUUGUGUGAAAAUGACAUCAGAACUUAAAAAAGAUAAUGAUGGAAUGUUUAGAAAUAAAUCUUGUUCUGAAUUAUCAGAAGUUUCUGUUGCAUCAUGCGCUCUGGACAGUUCACGAGAAAGCUCUCCACCAUCUUCUCCCUGUACAGUUCGUUCACUAAAUGGGAAUGUAAGUUCAGAUCCACAUGGUCAAGUAAACUUUGGAUUUAUUGAAAGUCCUGAUAAUACAGGUCUUGAAGCUAAAGAAACUCUAGCACCAAUAAUUCCAGAUGAAGUAAAACUUUCUGCUACUCAAUUUCAACGAAAGCAAAAGAAAGGAUAUAUAGAUGUGUGGUGGCUGUAUGAUGAUGGAGGACUUACCAUGCUUAUUCCUCAUAUAUUAUCAACCAGAUCCCAAUGGAGCAACUGUAAAUUAAGAAUAUUUGCUUUAGCUAAUAAGAAAGAUGAAUUAGACAGAGAACAGCGCAAUAUGGCAGCAUUACUGAAUAAAUUUCGGAUUGAUUAUUCUGAUGUCACAGUAAUUCCUGAUAUUGUGAAACCACCUGAAGAAGCCAGCAAAAAAGAAUUUGAAGCUUUGAUCACAAAAUGGCAAAGUGAUGGAGAUGAUGGGAAAUGCUUCAUAACUGAAUCAGAAAUUUAUGCUUUAAAAGAUAAGACAAAUCGUCAUAUUCGACUUUCGGAGUUGUUGCGUAAACAUUCUAAGGAUUCUGUUCUGAUAGUCAUGACAUUGCCAAUGCCUAGGAAAAGUACAUGUUCAGCAGCACUAUAUAUGGCAUGGUUAGAAACUCUUACUAAAGAUAUGCCACCAUUUCUACUCAUACGUGGCAAUCAAACCAGUGUACUUACAUUUUAUUCUUAAGUCCUUUACUGUACAUACAUUCUUAUCAUACAUCAGACUGUGAUUUGACGAAUAAUGAGAAUUCUAAAAAUUAUGGGUUGCCCUUUUUUGAGUAAAAAAGGAAACCUGGAUUUGUCUUUAAAUAAUUAAAUCACAAUAGUGUUAGAGUUGGCACAUAUCAAACAAUAUUAAAAAAAAAAAAAAAAAGUAGGGUUUACUGAAUUUUAUUAUAUAAAAGUUUUUCUUUUAUAAAUUUUUUCAGUUCACUCUCAGGUUAAUGAAAAUAUUUAUUGAGCUUAAAGUGAAGUUAAAUCAGAGCAAGUUUCUGAUUCCUACUUCAUAUGUUCCUUCAAGUAAAAGUAUUCAUACAGUUUCACAUUUCAUAUUAGUCCUUUUGAACUUAUAUGGUUCCAUAUUUAUACAUGUGCCAAUUUUGUACAUUGACAGAUUUCCUUUUUAUUGUAUUUGUUAUGUGUUAUUUCACAUAUAUAAAUCUUAUGUUGAUUGUUGUAAAAUCCUUUUAAUGUGCACUUUUAAAAUGUCAGUUCUAAAGGCAGAAAGGAAGACAAGUGUGAAUGCUUUAUAAAAAUCCUUUACUUAAAUUUAAUCAUUUUUUUUUUUUUUUUUUUUUUUUUUUUUUUUUUUGUAUUUGAGUUCAACAUAUUCAUCAGCAUUUUGAUAUUAGGUUUAAAACAUUUUAGUUAAAACUCUGAAUACAAUUCUAUAUCUUAAAUAAAAUUAUUCAAAUGUAAACACACAAAUUAAAUAAUUACAUAUUGAACAGUUAGCUUUUCUUUCAUGCUGCUUUUUACUAAAGUCCUGUACUGCAUAUAAAUUAUAAUUUAACACUAAACUGUUUUAAUUGUAUGAUGUUUAACUUUCUUCUCCGCCCACAAAUCUUUCUUGUGUGUGUCAACAGAAUGCUUUGAUGCCGUCUGUUGUCUCAGCAGGCACUUCCUUCAUUGCAUAAUAUUCAGUACAUUAUGCACUACAUAUACGGAUUUUAGUUAUGUUUAUGUUAACCACAUAUAUAAACUAUUGUAGAAUAUAAAUAUCAAUAAAUAAUUGUAAUAUAUUUUCAUAUGUAAUUUUUUUAUAUUAAAAAAUUAUAUAUUCCUUGAUUUGUGACAAAUAUUACAAGUCUUCAUCACCAUGUGCAAUUAUAUUGCUCUAUUUUGACUUCUGUAAAAAAAUUAAUAUACCUAAUAAUAGAACAUAUGUAUUAAAAUCUAAUAUAUUAGUACUUUGAUAUUGAUAAUCAGCAAAAACGUGUUGCAUGUCCUUUGUAAAGAAAACAUUUUGUUAUCAAUUGAACACACAAUAACUUAAUUAUUUUUAAGCCUCCAAAAUGUGAAGUCAACAGCUGGUACUGUUUGAAGUUGUAUUAAAUAGAUUCUAUGGUUUUUAUCUAGUGAUUAAGACCAAAGACAAUAUUUAAUACAGAUUUGUGAAAUAUUUAUUUUGAAUAUUAGCACAUAUUUAACAAAUGUUAUAAUAACUUAGUAGAUCCAAAAUAUUAUGAUUAAUAUACAAAUGAAACACAAUUAUCAGUGAAGUUGUAAAAGUGUUUUUCUUGUAUCCAUCACAUAAAUAAUGUAUUUCAUUAUUUUUGUUUUUCAUAUCUCAACUGAAUUAAACAGACAUGAAAUACUGUGAUUGAGCUCAUUCCAUUCUUGUAUAUAAUAUCACUGAUCAUUAACCAUUUCAUGUUCCUUUGGCAUUCCUUAAAAUAUUUUAAAAACAAAAUGAUAUAAUUUUAUAUUCUUUGCUAUCCAUGUAAACUGUACCUGUUGUGUCAAUGAAAUAAAAAUUUUAAAAGUA